GAGCAGAAUUUCGCACAAGACCGGCAUUAGCCCUUGGGUUAGCUUGUGUGAACGACUUUUUAAUAUUUGUUUGUGAUCACACUGCACACUUACACAACAUGGGAUCAGAUACGUUGACUAUACGGCCCAAUAAUGCGCACAGGUUUAAACCAGCCAUUGUGAAGGAAUGCAUUCAUGAAAUUGUGAAGGAGCGGCUGUCUGGAGUUCAGUACCAGCAGGAGAAUGUCAAAGACCUGUCCAACUCACUGGCAGUCAGCAUUAAGGACAGAGUGAAGUCUUUGGGAUUUGACCGAUAUAAGCUUGUUGUGCAUGUGGUUAUUGGAGAACAACGAGGACAAGGAGUGAAGAUGUCCUUUAGGUGUUUGUGGGACGCUGACACUGACAACCAUGUAGACGAUGUUUUUAUGAAUGACAGCCUGUUUUGUUGCGUGACUGUUUUUGGAGGUUAUUACUACUGAGGACUUGGAGCGUGGAUAACAGACAGCACUUUGGCGUGAAGAGAUACGAGAUGAGCGUUUGCGAGAUGGCACACUUCAUGUUCUAAAGUACUGGUGUGUGUAAUUGCUGCAUAUUUCAGAGGCAUCAUCCAGCAUCUCGCUGUAAUUGACAGCUUGGCAAGAGGCUUAUUAACAACUGAGAAGGCGUCUGUGCUGCACUUUGGGUGCCUGACU